UUCUAAGAUAUAAUACGUUAUCAAGUUUACCAGUGUUCAAAAUUUCAGUAGUUAUAGACAAAAAGUUUUUAAAAAUGCAAUAUAGCACUUAUAAGGAUGACUUUAGUUCACCCUAUCUUGACGAUCAUUGGAAAGCUUUGGAAAGUGCCCGAUUGGUCCAUAUAAACGUUUACGAAGCGAAAUAUCGUUACAAUAAAAUUGAAGAUGAUACCGGAAAAAAUUUAACAGAUGACGGGAAAACCAACAUUACUGAAGAGUCAGCUGUAAAGCGUUGUUUAAACGAGAACGCAAAUGCUAUUCUUGGAGUGUUGCGUAGAGAAUAUCCUGUUAUAUAUGAUCAACUAAAAGAAAUACCAAAUGAUGAACUACGUACUCUUUUAAAUAGUCAACGGUUACAAACAUCGCAUCAAAGAGCGUUUGGAGGUAGUAGUAUGAGACCGAAAUGUGGCAAUAUGAACCAGAUUAAUCAGAGAAUAGCACCUAAGGAUAUAAGCUUAAAUGAUUUGUAUUCCGUUUAUAGGCCUUGUACUAAGCAAACACAUCACAAACAAAUAAAUUCCGAAGAAACGGAUGAAUAUGGUAAUCUUAAGACGUUCUGCAAAAAGAAAUGUAUGCUUCCUAAGAUUGAUAUUGCUAGUACCGGAAAGCCCAUGGCAAAACCUCGAACAAUUGUAAAAACAAACUUGUUAUCAAAGCAUCCAAAUGUUACUGAAUAUUUGGAAACCAUCAACAGAAGUGGUUGUAUGAUUAUGCACAAUAGAAUACAUGACCACAGUAGAUGUGGCAAGGGUACUUGCUCUCAUCACAUAUAUCAUCAGUGUGCAAACUUAGGAGAUGACUGCUUACAUCGUAAGCCUAUUACACGAUUUAGGGUUGCAAAUACUUUAAAUUUUUCAAAUCGCGCUAAAGAACAUCCAAAACAUGCAUAAAUUCAAGGUGACAAAGAAAAAAGCCAAUAAAUAUUAUAAAGAAAAUCUAUAAUUAAGCAGGAGUCAAUACAAAACUUAAAGAUUAAAUAAGCCUGCGUAACUAUAGAUAAACAACAAUAACUUGUGAUGACUCUUUAAAGCAUCGGGAAUAAGAAUUUUCAGUAUAUCAAAAAAUUACAAGAAGAACUUAGAACAUAUGUAUUAUUUUUUAAUUGGAACUGUUGUAUAGAUAAACAACAAUAACUUGUGAUGACUCUUUAACGCAUCGGGAACUACAAAUUUUCAGUAUAUCAAAAAAUUACAAGAAGAACUUAGAACAUAUAUAUUAUUUUUUAAUUGGAACUCUUAUGGAAGCAUUACGGAUUUAUUAACAUAACAUCAAAACGGCAAAUGUACUCUAUUCUAUUCUUAUUUGAUAAUGAGUAUACAUUAAAAGCAAUCAAUCUGGAUCAAACUGAUACCUCUAUUUAUAAAUAUAGAUGAUACAGUAUUCCAAUCAUUGUUUGCUUGUAAUUUAUAAUCAAUACAAAUUUGAUUGUUCGUAACUUGUAUUUUGUAGUUCAAAUAGUGUUAAGAAUUAAUAAUAAUCAAAGUGAAGAAAUCUGUAAUCUAUUAUAUUAAGAGGCUUUAAUAUAUAUGUCAAAAACUAUAUUGCAUAUUUAAGAACAAGAAGAAAUA